AAAACUAAGUAUUCUGCUAGAGCGGGAAAUAGAAGAAGAGCGGUAUAAAUACAGGCGCUCAAGAAAUGUCAGCCCCUUACCAGUGGUGAGUCCGGAAGCAUUGUGAGCCUGUUAUUUAACAAGUAUUCUUUGUGCUCCUGAAAGUUCUUGUCAACCAUGUCUCUCCAGUCUGUUCUUCCGCUGUUGUUUCAAAGAGGUUGGUGGGAUAUCUUUGAUUAUCCUCAAUGUAUAAUGGAUCAGUGUUUUGGAAAUGAAUUGCAUGAAAAUGACCUUCUACCAUCUUUUCCUACCUACCGUGGAACGCUCGUGAGAUCUCGUACGCAAGCUAAUAUUGAUGCAUCUGGAAAGUCUAUGGUCAAGAAAGACGACAACCACUUUGAAGUCGCUUUAGAUGUUAGUCAGUUCAAACCGGAAGACCUGGAAGUGAAAAUUGUCGGUAACUUUGUUGUCAUCCACGGCAAGCACAAUGAAAAAAAUGACGAAAAUGCAUUGGUUUCUAGAGAAUUCAAGCGUCGUUACAUGUUACCUCGAAAUUGCGAAACGGAUAUGAUAACGCCAAGUCUCGGCUCUGAUGGGAUUUUAAAAAUCAGAGUUCCAAAGAAAGUUAUUCAAGAAUCUAAAGAUGAAAGAAUAGUACCUAUUUCUAAAGAAGAACCUAAGUCCGUUGAAUAUAGGAAAACAUCUUCUCAAGAGGAAAUUACUACAAAGACCUCAGAAUGAACAGUGUCUUAAUUCUGUAAGUUUUCUCUACUGGCUCUUUAGUACAAGUUGUCUGCUUAACGUGCUAUUGUCUUCCCUCCUACUCAGAGACUUUAAACUACCUGAAUUCCAAGUUGAAUAACUACUAAUAUGCAAUUGAGUUAAAAUUGCUUUCUCUUUGAAUUUAUUUGUUAAAAUAAGUUUAAUAUUCAAGUUGUGUGAAAUGGAAGCAAAAUAAAACUUUGAAUCCUCUGUA